AUGGCUACCACCUCGCCCAAGGCCAAGUCUGCCAAACCCGCCAACAUGAUGGAUGAUCCUGAGACAGCGGAUGACAUCCAAGUCUCCCAGCAGAAGCAGCUCGCUACUCAAGGAAAUGCUCACUUCCAUCGCUUGGGAUGGAAGCGACUCGCCGUCGUCACAAUCGUCGAGGCUAUUGCCCUAGGCGCGCUCAGUCUUCCUUCUGCUUAUCACACGCUGGGCAUGUUCCCCGGUGUCUUCCUCACCAUCACUCUCGGUCUUGUCUCCAUCUUUACCAGCUACAUCGUCGGCCAGGUCAAGCUGAAAUUCCCCCACGUGGCGCACUAUGCUGAUGCCGGACGCCUUCUUCUCGGCCGCUUUGGCUACGAGAUUUUCGGUGCUGCCCUUGUUCUCGAGCUUGUUAUGGUUGUUGGUUCGCAUGCCUUGACCGGUAGCAUUGCGCUCAUCGACAUCAACGGCGGACACGUCUGCUCCAUCGUCUUCUCUGCUGUUUCGGCUAUCAUUCUUCUCAUCCUCGCCAUCCCUCCGUCUUUCACUGAAGUCGCCAUUCUUGGAUACAUCGAUUUCGUAUCUAUCCUUGCUGCCAUUGGCAUUACCGUCAUUGCUACCGGUAUUCAGGCUAGCGAUUCAGCCGGUGGACUCUCUGGCGUUGAGUGGUCUGCUUGGCCCAAGGAGGACCUGAACUUCGCUGAGGCAUUCGUCGCUGUCAGCAACAUCAUCUUCGCCUUCAGUUUCGCAAUCGGUCAAUUUUCCUUCAUGGACGAGAUGCACACUCCGACCGAUUACAUGAAGUCCAUCUACGCCUCGUGCUUCAUCCAAAUUGCGAUCUACACUCUGACUGGAGCCCUUUGCUACGCUUUUAUCGGACCCUCGGUGCAAUCGCCUGCGCUGCUCUCCGCCGGACCACUUAUUUCCAAGAUCGCUUUUGGAGUCGCGCUACCCGUCAUCUUUAUCUCCGGUUCGAUCAAUUCUACCGUUGCCCUCCGAUAUCUUCAUGGCCGUAUGUUCAAGGACUCAAUUUUGCGAUAUGUCAACACCCCCAUGGGUUGGGUCAGCUGGAUCACCCUUGUGACCAUCUUCACCAUCAUCGCUUGGGUCAUCGCUGAGGCUAUCCCCAUUUUCUCCGACUUGCUCUCUCUGGCCUCGGCUCUCUUCGUCUCCGGUUUCUCUUUCUGGAUCCCCGGUGUCAUGUGGUUUGUCUUGCUCUGCGAGGGCAAGUGGUUUUCCAAGAAGAACAUGUUGAUGAGCCUGGGAAGCAUCCUGGCCUUUAUCAUCGGAAUUGUUACACUUGGUGCUGGCACAUAUGCCACCAUUAAGGAUAUCAUCGACAUUACUUCCGAUGGUUCUGCUCAUGCUCCUUUCACUUGCCGAUCAACCUAA